CAUCAACAUUAACAGGUGGAGAUCAACCGCUCUUCGCGAGGAUCAAAGUCAAAGAGAAAGGAGGUGCCAUCUGACAAAUCAAGUACAUUUUGAAGUCAAAAGCUUUCAGAGGGGAUUGAGAAUCACCUCCAACAUGGCUGAUAUGGAUUCCUUUGUUCUGCAAUAUUCUAGUGACGACUUUGUGCCCCAGACGACACGAUGGGGAGACCAUGCUGGCAAAAAGAGCAAGUUUGACAGGGAGCUGACAAGUCGGUGGGACAAUUGUAUGGAGAAUGGAGUGUUCCGGUACAACAUGCAGCAACUGGAUACCAGGGUGAUUCCUGGAGACAAGGCAUACGUCGCACAGCUGAACAGUCUGCGGGCCACUGAGAGAAGGAAGCCCCAGACAAUCAUGAGUGUCAGUCAGCCUUUCAAUCCAGACCUCUUCAACUUCACUAAAGUCCACACAAAAGAAAUAUUGUUCGGUCUGCAAAAUACAGAUGAAUCUACAACCAGUGGAGCGACCAUGAAUGGCACUACUGAUAGUGCACAGGAACCAGAGCGUCAUAUCAUCAUCAUCAACGUCAGCCCCUUGGAGUAUGGACAUGUGCUUAUAGUGCCACAGGUGAACCGCUGUUACCCACAGGUUCUCACAGAGACUGCUGUAAAGGUGGGACUGGAGUCCAUGCUUCUCAGUAGCCACAGGGGUUUUCGAAUCGGCUUCAACAGUCUGUGUGCCUACGCCUCCGUGAACCACCUACACAUGCAUGCCUACUACCUGGAACAACAGCUCCUUGUGGAACACUGUGAUGUAGAACCUCUCGGCCCCAAUGUACAUGAGCUGACCGUCAUGCCGUGUCACGGGUUCGCCUUCCAGCUUCACGGGACCACAGUCAAACAGAUAGCCAGGUUGAUACAUAACAUAACGAUGUACUUCCAUGACAACGACAUCGCCCACAAUCUAUUCAUCACACGAGGGACCGUGUUUGGUGAGCCACAGUCCAGCACAAACAGGACGAUACGCAUGUACCUGUGGCCCAGGAAGAAGUUUAUAGGUACCAAGGUUCCUGAUGAAUUCAACGUAGCUGUGGUAGAACUGGCGGGACAUCUACCCAUCAAAGAUGACAGUUCCUUCCAAAGUCUGACAGAGGAAACAGCUGACCACAUCAUCGCGGACGCAAGUCUCCCACUUGAAGAGUAUAAUCAGAUCAAGACUACAGUGGUGAAGAUGGCCAAACAAUUAGACACCAAGACACAGUGACGAUGAAGAUACUUAGACAAUAUAUUGUUCUGUGGGAAACGGCAUGGUAUUAUUUAAACUUGUUGGCAGCAUUUGCAACGGGGUCGUCAAACUAUUGUGAAUGAUAUUCCAUCCAGUGUUUGUUAUGUGUAAAAGCAAAGGUGCAGAUAAUAAGAUUUUUAUAAGCAGUUUGGAUGCUUGAACAAACCUAUCAGCAACAGGCUCUUAAGCCAUGUUCAUAUUUGUGUUUGCACCUUUGUAUCAGUAGUUUAAGCUGUUUUAUUGUUUGAAAAUGUAAGUUUUAACUUUUGUACAAGUCCCAUUUUCUGUAUCAAAGGAAUGAUACUGAAUUCUCAAAAGGUGCAUCGUUUAACUGAAAACAGAAAAAGAAUUGUCUCAUGAACAAAAUAUUUCCUUAAUCUCUCAUGUAUAUAUAGUAAAUUAUUAUACCUAUGAAUUGUGGUAUGUCAUGUUGGUUGUGCAAUGUACGUAUUAACCAUAAGGAUAGAAAGAUAUUUACUCAUGUGGGUCAUUUUGAUAUAUUGUCAAUACUUGUUUGUUCAUUUGAAGUGAUAUGGUGUCAUGUCAUUGUUGAGAACAGCACAAUCUGAUAUCAUCCAUUGUUCAAAACAUCACAAAUUCAUUUUGUGAAAUAAUUUGAACAAUAGACUGACCUCUGGGAAGUUGUUCUACAAAUCUCUGAAGAUUUUUUAGGGACUGUUCAUAAUUUAUGGCUAGAGGGUGAUGAUUUUUCUUCUUUAUUGAGGGGGGAGGGGAAGGGGUGGUCACCCACACCAUGUAUUUAAAAAAGUAUGCUUAAAAUUAGGGUGGGGGGCACUAACUUUGUAUAAAGAUUUUAGAGGGAGUCAUUCACAUUGUACAUGCUUCUCCAUAAAAAUCAUCAUCAUCCCCUAGCCAUAAAUUAUCAACAGUCCCUUAUCUUUAUUUCAUUAAGUGUCAAUGAGCGAUAUGUAGACUACAGUAACCUGGAAACUCAGAUUUAUUGAUUAUCUCGCCCUCUUGGACGUCAUUUGCCUCACCACAGACUCAGCCAGCACCGUUUAUUCACUUUGUGUCAUAAUAGGAUUCAAGUGAUAUGAAGUCACCAUAGUUCUAUUUACAAUUGUUGUUAAUUAUUCUAUUAUUUCAAAUAGUCGAAACAUUGUGUGGUUGUUGAGAACAAUGACAUCUUUCAUGGUGUGACAAGGUCAAGGUCACUCAGUAAAUUGCAUGUUUCUCAACAAGAUUUAUUUUUUUAUCACCAAACUUUUAUGAAUAAUUUCUCAAGCAUGUCUUUUCCUGUAUUAGAAUUAGUCCAAUAUUUACUCAGUUUUUGGUGUUGUUCAUGCACUGCUCUCCACAUAUACACAGAUUAAACUUGUUGCCAUAUGGAAUUCACAAGUUACGUGGUCCAUGUCACAAUGAGGGAUGUUAUUCACAUUUUGUUCUCAUUCUGGACAGCAGUUGGUCAUGAAGAGAUGGCUUGAGAUGAAUUACCAGAAGCCAUGGGCUGUGGGGUAGAAAAGUGCUUAAAGUGUAUUCCCAGGCUUGAUUCCCCACAUGGGUACAAUGUGUGAAGCCUAUUUCUGGUGUUCCCUGCCAUAAUAUUGAUGGAAUAUUGGUAAAAGCGGCGUAAAACCAUACUCACUCACUUACCAGAGUUUUCAUUUGAUUUCCCAGUUGAAACUUGUUCAUACAUCUGGCAAGAGAUUUAAGAACACCCCUUCAUUUUACAUAUCCACAUCCAUUUUGAAAUAUCUAUAUGUCUUUAAUCUCAGGGCUCCAGAUAAGGGUCGUAUCGGCGUAUGUACGGAUAUAAAAUAAGCAC